CAUGUAAAGGUCACAUGAAAAGUUAUGAAAGUCUCUCCAUUCUCAGCAAAACAACAUUAAAAAAAAUGCAACUGCAAAGUCACCAUCUCUCUCUGCCCACACACAACACCAUCUCCAUCUCCAUCUCCCUUCCCACCAACCCCAUGGAAUUCCCAUUUCUCUCUCUCUCUAUAUAUAUAUGUAUGUAUUAACACGCACAUAUACGCAUGUGUGUGUGUGCACAGACAAAGAUAAUGGGCAGGGGUAGCUGUUCCUUGGAUCCGGAGAUUCUGGCUAUUUGGCGUGACUAUUUUAUACAUACCCUUCAUUUAAAAUUCAUUAGCCCACAAACCCAUGAUUUGGUUUUCCUUCCAAGAUUGCCUCAUGCUCAAUUCCUUUCUCUCUUUGCCUGUUGAUCGACAUUGGAGUUUGUAGCAUUCAGUUUUCUGUAAUGCCUGUUCAUCCAUGCUCCUUGUUCUUUUUCUUCUUCUUUCUUUUCCAGGUCGCCUUCUCCCUCAAUCCACAGGGCCAAGCUCUUCUCUCCUGGAAGAUAAGCAGCCUGAGUGGAUCACUUGAUUCAUUGAGCAAUUGGAAUCCCGCCGACGAGAAACCGUGCCGGUGGUUUGGUGUCUCCUGCAACUUCAAGAAUGAAGUUGUGGAGCUGAACUUGAGGUACAUUGAUUUACAUGGGAGUUUUCCUUCUAACUUCAGUUCAUUGGAGUCUCUGAACAAGCUUGUCUUGUCGGGGAUUAAUCUCACAGGCCCGAUACCUGAGAUAAUUGGAAAUCUUCAGGAGCUGAGGCUCCUGGAUUUGAGUGACAAUGGACUGAGUGGUGAAAUCCCAAGUUGGAUUUGUCGCCUGAAGAAGCUCGAACGCCUUUCUCUUAACACGAACAGGCUGGUAGGAUCGAUCCCCGAUGAAAUCGGAAACCUGACAGGGCUUGUGGAGCUGACAAUCUUUGAUAAUCAACUCAGUGGUGGAAUUCCAGGCAGUAUUGGCAAUCUUAAUAGAUUGCAAGUGAUUAGAGCUGGUGGCAACAAGAAUCUUGCAGGUCCUCUUCCUCAAGAAAUCGGGAACUGCACUAGUUUAGUGUUGUUAGGCCUGGCGGAGACGAGCAUUUCGGGUUUCCUUCCACCUUCCCUCGGCCUGUUGAAGAAUCUCCAAACUCUGGCUGUUUAUACUUCCCUUAUAUCCGGCCAGAUCCCACCGGAACUUGGCGACUGCACCGCCCUGAGGAACAUUUAUCUGUAUGAAAACUCUUUAACUGGUUCGAUCCCAGCCCAGCUAGGAAACCUUCGGAAUCUCCAAAGCCUCCUCCUCUGGCAAAAUAAUUUGGUGGGCACUAUUCCUCCUGAGCUUGGAAACUGUCAACAAUUGCUGAUUAUCGACGCGUCCAUGAAUUCUUUAACUGGCAGCAUUCCUGAAUCAUUCGGGAACCUGAGCCUGUUGCAAGAGCUGCAGCUGAGUAUGAACCAAAUUUCAGGAAUGAUUCCGAAACAAAUCGGGAAUUGCAAGGCUCUAUCUCAUAUUGAGCUUGACAAUAAUCAAAUGACAGGCAACAUUCCUUCAGAGUUGGGGAACCUGACAAAUUUAACUCUGUUAUUUCUGUGGCAAAACCGCCUCGAGGGUAAUAUUCCACCAUUUUUAUCUUCUUGUCGUAAUCUGGAGGCUGUUGAUCUGUCACAAAAUGCAUUGACAGGACCGAUUCCGAGCGGUAUUUUCAACUUGCAGAAUCUGAACAAGCUUUUGCUGCUGGCGAACAAUCUUUCUGGUUCUAUACCCCCUGAAAUUGGGAACUGUUCGUCGCUGAUUCGAUUCCGGGCUAACAAUAAUAAGCUGACAGGGAAUGUGCCUCCAGAUAUUGGGAGGUUGAAGAAUCUGAAUUUUUUGGAUCUUGGAUCCAACCGGCUAUCCGGGAUUAUACCGAGUGAGAUUUCAGGAUGCCAAAAUCUCACUUUUCUUGACCUCCACUCAAAUUCGAUAUCUGGCAACUUGCCAGGCAAUCUGAAUCAGCUUGUUACUCUCCAGUUUCUUGAUGUUUCUGAUAAUCUCAUAGAAGGUACUUUGGGUUCAAGCCUUGGCUCAUUGAGUUCACUCACAAAGCUUAUUCUUGGAAAGAACAGGUUCUCCGGUUUGAUCCCGAGCCAACUUGGCUCAUGCUCCAGGCUUCAGUUACUUGAUUUAAGCAACAAUGAGCUUGAAGGCCAGAUUCCAGGGAGUCUGGGAAGGAUUCCGGCAUUGGAAAUUUCUCUGAAUUUGAGCUGGAAUAAACUUUCCGGUGGAAUUCCUGAGGAGUUCACGGCCUUGAACAGGCUGGGAGUCUUGGACAUUUCUUACAACCAACUGUCUGGGGACCUUCAUUGUUUAGCCGACCUCCAAAACCUUGUAGUCCUCAAUGUUUCCCACAACAACUUUUCAGGACACGUGCCCGACACACCAUUCUUCACCAAGCUGCCACUUAGUGUCCUAUCUGGCAACCCUGAGCUCUGCUUUUCCGGUAACGGAUGCUCUGCUGACAAAGGCAGUACCACCAGGCACAGCAAGGCGGCAAGGAUUGCAAUGGUGGUGUUACUUUGUAUGGCAUGCGUGCUGCUUAUGACAGCACUCUAUAUUAUCCUUGGAGCACAAAUCCAAGACCGUAGGACCAAUGAUAUGGACAACGAGGAAGAGGAGUUAGGCGGCCCAUGGGACAUCACCGUGUAUCAGAAACUCGACUUAUCCAUUAUCGAUGUUGCCAAGUGCUUAACCGAUGUAAAUGUGAUUGGACACGGUCAAUCAGGCAUGGUGUACCGAGCAAUAAUCCCGUCCGGAUCAACCAUCGCUGUAAAAAGAUUCCGUGCAUCGGAUAAGCACUCUGCGUCCGCAUUUUCGUCUGAGAUAAUGACACUAGCCCGCAUACGACACCGCAACAUUGUUAGGCUAUUGGGAUGGGCUACUAAUAGGAAGACGAAGUUGUUGUUCUAUGACUACUUGCCUAAUGGUACACUAGGUUCAUUGUUACACGAGGGAUGUGGUGAAAGAGUGGAGUGGGAGAUUUGGUUUAAGAUAGCGUUAGGCAUUGCCGAGGGCUUAGCCUACUUGCACCAUGAUUGCGUGCCACCCAUCCUCCACCGUGACGUCAAGACACACAACAUACUCUUGGGGAACAGAUAUGAACCAUGUUUAGCAGACUUUGGGCUUGCAAGGUUUCUUGAAGAUGAAACUGGUUCGUUUUCAGCAUAUCCCCAAUUUGCUGGAUCAUAUGGAUACUUUGCUCCUGAAUAUGCAUCCAUGCUAAAAAUUACCGAAAAGAGUGAUGUGUACAGCUAUGGGAUCGUCUUGCUAGAGAUCAUAACAGGGAAGAAGCCGGUCGACCCCUCGUUCCCUGACGGCCAACACAUAAUUCAGUGGGCACGAGAUCAUCUGAAGAGCAAAAAGAACCCUGUCGAUAUCAUUGAUCAGAAACUCCAAGGCCAUCCAGAUACACAAGUACAAGAAAUGCUCCAAGCCCUCGGAAUAGCCCUCCUCUGCACCAGCAACCGGCCAGAGGACCGUCCCACGAUGAAAGAUGUGGUGGCCUUAUUGAAAGAAAUCAGGCACGAGUCGGUUGGCGGAGGGGAUCCAACUCAUAAGUCCAUGACUAAAUCUUUGACAAGUGCUUCUGAAGUUUCGUCAUUUUCUUCAUCAUCGAUAACUCCAGCCCAACUGUUGCUUCUCCAACGGUCGUCUAACUGCUCCCUCGCUUACUCCUCUUCCUCCAAAAGCCACAAUACAAGGCAUCAAUAACUGUAGAUUUGUUAUUUAGGAUUAGGACAACAGUUAGUCAACCAACAUUGUAAAAGAUUAGGACGUCAGCAAUUUGAUUAGAAGCUAUUAUAAGAGAUUUUUCGCCUCACAACUUACAUCGUUAGACUUUAUUAUAAGUACAUUUUCAAAUUGAAAUUUGAAAAAAAAAUUCUAUAUAUUAUAGACUAAUCCCUUGGAAUUUUCAAUUAAGUUCAUUUAGAUAAAUUGAUUGUAAUAAU